AUACUAAGAAUACUAUUAUACUUCCGGUUGACCACGUGAUAACUUUACCUGUUAUACCCACGGACUACAUAUGUACAACGUAUGUGUGUGGAUUAUUUCUAUCAUUGGAAACCGGAUGGUCUUGGGCGAGGACAAUCUUUAACCAUGAAGUAUAAACAGAGGCUGAUAGCAGCGCUUGUUACGGUUGCUGUUCUCGUCUGCAUAGCAACAUUUUAUAAAGGGGCGGAGAGCAUAUUAAGCAGAUCUGCAAAAGAUCGUUUGUCUCCAUUGAAUAACCUCGUUGCCCAUUUAACACAUGGGAGAUUCAAAAGUGGCGACACAGCAACAUGUAAUUCAUUAAAAUCAACCGCAACCUACAUGGUAGAUGAUUUUUAUGACAAAGUUAGAUUUACAAAAAACAUGGAAAACGGCCUGUAUAUUCUCAAUGAAACAGAGAGUGCCUUUGCCGACCCUCGAACCAAAAAAAUCAUGAAGCCAACAGAACCAUUGACUGUUAUCGUCGUUCCACACUCUCACAACGACCCUGGCUGGCUUUGGACAUUACAAACCUACUAUGAUGUCAGGACUAAACAUAUUCUUUCCAACACCGUCAAGUUUCUCACGGAAACACCCGAUUUCCGAAUGAUCUGGUCGGAGACUAUAUUUUUGAAAAUGUGGUGGCAAGAGGCUAAACAGGAAAGGUCACAGCUAAAGUCAUUAUUGAUGAACGGUCAACUGGAGAUACUGUCCGGAGGAUGGGUGUCUGUCGACGAGGCGACCACUCACUACACCGCUGUCCUUGACCAGCUAAUCGAAGGUCAUCUGUGGAUCAAGGAAAAUCUUGGAGUGACCGUUAACACUAGCUGGUCAAUCGAUCCUUUUGGUUAUUCCUUAACAUUGCCGUACUUAUGGAAAAAAUCUGGUAUGUCCAACAUGGCAAUAUUACGUAUACAUGGAGCAGUGAAAGCAUAUAUGGGAAAUCGACAACUUCUCACGUACGAUUGGCGUCAGCCUUGGGACGCUUCAGGAGUCCAUGACAUCACGUGUCAUGUGGAGCCAUAUACUCUGUACAACAUCGAGUAUAGCUGCGGUCCAAACAUGGGUCUUUGUAAACGGAUGGAUUUUGCACGUGAGCCAGAUUUCCCACCAGAAAACAGCCAGCCACGUGCUUAUCAACGUGGCAUUGUGAAGCAGGAUUUUGAACAGCUAGCCAAGUCAAUAGUCGAACAGUAUCGACUGAAGGCCACUCAGUAUAGCCACAAUGUCAUACUGAUGCCACACGGAGACGACUUCCGAUACGUCAGCGAUUAUGAGUGGCAACGUCAGUACACUAAUAUGAAGCGUCUUAUCAUGUUUGUUAAUUCUAAAAAGGAAUGGAAUGUGAAAAUGAAAUUUGGAACCGUGGGUGAAUAUUUCGAUAUUUUGAAAAAUGAAAUUAAAAAGUCAAAAGUAAAUGGAAAAAAAGAGCCGGUGAUAACUGGAGACUACUUUACUUAUACGGACCGUGAUCACGAGUACUGGAGUGGGUAUUAUACCACUAGACCUUUCGAUAAAAGGAUGAUCCGAUCUUUACUAGAAUUACUUAAAGUCGCCGAAAUUGUCACAUCAUAUGCAAUUGCUCAUUCACAACAGCAUGGACAUGUGUUUGUUGGACUUCCGGAAGCCCUCGGUGCUCUUCAAAAUGCCCGAAGAAUGCACGGGCUUGUUCAGCACCAUGACGCAAUCACAGGAACAUCUGCUCACACAACAGUGUUGGAUUUUGAAAAAAGAGUUUUCAACGCUAUUUCGUCAUUGCAACAGGUUACCGGCAAGAGUCUCCAGCAACUUCUGUCCACGUCCCCUCCUGGUUCAACCAUAGAACCUAUGUAUAGUCAGUCUUCCCCUGAUUCCAUGCUCAGACCAAAGAUUUUGCAGCUUAGCGAGAGCGGCUCUAGUCUUAUCUUCAUUAAUGGAUAUACACAAAGACGAAAGGAAAUACAGUAUAUUCUUGUUAAUAGCCCAGAUGUUGAAAUUGUUGAUGAAGCUGGUAAGUCCAUUCCGGUUCAGGUUAAUCCAUACAUUGCUGAAAAUGCCAUGGACUCUGGAAAAUUUGUAAUACUGAAGUCUUAUCAAGUAUACUUUGAACUUUCUAUCGCUCCUGCAUCGUGCGUAACAUAUACUGUUAAAAAGUCCAAGUCGCGCCAAAAUAGCAUAGCAACAGUUUCGGUUUAUAACGGGAAGGUUCAACUGCCAGAUCCGUCAGUUUUUAAUGUUCGAGAAUACCAGGGAAAUACAAGUGGGUUAUUGAAGAUAGAAAGUCAACAUUUCGUAACAGAAUUUUCCUCUAUCAAUGGAACUCUUCAGCGAAUGUGUGAAAAACGUGGUAAAGCUGUGUGUGCCGUCCUGAAACUAGACUGGGUCAAAUAUCAGACUGAAAACAGUAACGCGUACACAUUAGGUACUUCCAUUAAGGCAAUACAAAGCCUCCUUGGAACAAAACGUCCAAUUAUAGUGGUGUCCGGUAAAAUGGUGUCCCAAGUAAGAAUUAGUCAUAUUGACUUCCAGCACGUUGUUACAUUGUAUCAUACCGAAGGUGUUCAAGGGAAAUCUGUACACAUCGAUAAUAUCGCCACGGUAAAUCCUGAUAGGAACCCGGAUGUGGAGCUGAUGAUGAGGUUCGAGACGGAUAUCGUUAACGAACAUGGUCGAUAUUUCACGGACUCUAACGGAUUCCAAUUAGUCAAUAGGCGUUAUAGAAGUGAACUUCCUACAGGCGCAAAUUUUUACCCAAUCACAUCAAUGGCGAUACUGGAGGAUAACACGCGCCGCCUAACUCUACACGUUGCCCAACCUCACGGCGUAGCCAGUCUGAGGGAUGGGCACCUCGACAUCAUGAUGGAACGCAUACCCAUGAGUAAAGGCAAAGGUCUAGAAGAAGCAGUUCUGGACCAGAAACCUGCUCCAAGCAAAAUGCUCUUGACUUUAGAGCACGCUUCUUCGCCGAGGCCGUCACAACGCGGUAACAAAGACUUCGUGGAGUUUCCUUCUCUCACUGCACAUUUGAUAAACGACCUCCUUCAGAACCCUGUCCAGACGUUCACCAUAGCCCGCGCACAACCUUCCCUAGUAUCCAGUCUUACAAUGGUGAGUCAUACCUUACCUCCCGAUGUCAUUUUCUCCAACGUCAAAACGCUGAUGACGGAUGGACUCGCGUUCCUUGGAACAGGCGUGACUCUUCACAGGAGACAAAGCUCGUGUGUGUUCUCAGACGGUGAAGGUGCCAGUCAGACGCCGAUUAACCUUAAAACAAUAUUCAAUAAUGUGGAAAUCGAGCAGCUGGAUAAAAUGUCAUUAACUCACGUUCAUUUAGAAACACAGUUGUCUGGACAACAGAAUAUUCACCUCGAGCCAGGCGAGAUGGAUUCAUAUUACAUCCGAUGGAAAUAAGACUUCAUUGCGCAAUAAUGGGCUUGUUAGUGGUGAUAGUGUCGGUUUCAACACGUGUGGAUAUUAAGUGUGAAGAAUACGUGUAGACAACAUAUGUAAGAAGGAUAGAAACGUGAAGAAUUCUUGUGAAUGAUUGACGAUUAAAUGAAUAUGUGGAUAACAGAAUUUGAGAGGAAUGUAUGAAUGAAGAUUAUAGAAUGUGUGUAGACAAUAAAAUGUAUUAGGAAUGUGUGUGGAUAAUAAAAUGUGUGAGGAAUGUAUGUGGAUAAUAAAAAGUGUGUGAGGAAUGUGUGUGGAUAAUAAAAUGUGUGAGGAAUGUGUGUUGAUACUAAAAUGUGUGAGGAAUGUGUGUGGAUAAUAAAAUGUGUAAGGAAUGUGUGUGAAUAAUAGAAUGUGUGUAGAUGAUAGAAUAUAUAAGGACUGUGUUGAUAAUAGAAUGUGUGAGGAAUGUGUGUGGAUAAUAAAAUGUAUGAGGAAUGUGUGUUGAUAAUGGAAUGUGUGGGGAAUGUAUGUGGAUAAUAAAAUGUGUGAGGAAUGUGUGUUGAUACCAGAAUGUGUGAGGAAUGUGUGUGGAUCAUA